CUGUCACAAUCGCCCUCUCAAAAGGCCUCAUUCGCGCCGUCAUGCCUUCCUCACAGCACCGUGCAUCGUCCGCCUUCUGCUUUUUCCCCUUCUUUCGUUUUCUUUCUCGUUGGUCGAGCUGAGCUCGCUGGAACCACCGGUUCUUGUCUCGUUCUUCUGCUCACUUGAAGCAAGCACUUCCACUGUUUUCUGCCGGAAGGACAGCCCUCGGUAUACCGCCUCAUUUCUCUGCCUCUUUGUCCGUCAACGUUCUUCAAGUUCCGUGAUUUGCGCAACAUGGGCAACCUGAUCUGGCACGAGUGGUCUCGCUAUGUCGCUGUUUCCGCUAGCCUUUGUGAGUCUGAGCCGUCUCGCGAGGGCUUCCAUACUUAAUAGAGAACUAUGCUGCUCUGAAGACUUGAUUUGGGCGAGCUUUUGGGGCAUGUAUUUCCGCAAAUUCUUUUGGGACUUCAUUGGCGGUACUCUACGCGACCCUGGAGGACUUCAG